GCGCUAGGUCCGAGAGUUGCUGUGCCUGCAAUUUCGCCGCAGUUGCUGUACCUGUGCGCGUGCAGACCUCGCCGAGUUUUGUCUCCAGCACCGGCCUGACGGUCCUCAAGCAGCGAGAAUCUACCGUGCACAAAUGGGAGAGCACUAAGCCAAAAAGCAGUGCUGCAGCUCGAUGAUGAGCAGAGCACAACAGGAGGCAAGCAAUGGGAUGCAGCUCGAGGAAAUAACCCCGCCCGACCCGCGCCUCGCGGGCUGGAACGCCGACGAUGCGCCCGUCGCGAUGCGCUGCCUCGCGUGUGUGGUCGAACCGAAGCAAGCCUCUUCGUUAAUACGGGAGCUGCACGACGCCCUCCCCGCUUCAAGCGGUGGCGUCGCCCACGUGAAGCGCGUCAAGAAGGGCGAUGACGGUUCUUUGAGGGUCGUGCUCGCCGCCGAAGCCGUUUAUGACGACGUGAGUAACGAGGACGCCUACCGAGCUUUACUGACGCGGCGCUCGGAACUCGCACGGGAGGCAUUGGAGGUCGUGCUUGUACCAGCACAACCGCCCGUCACACGGGCACAUUUUGAGCAAGGCGCGCGGCUCUGGCCCCUCGCGCGCCCCCCGGCGUCGGACCGGACCGCGUCGCCGACGCACGACGACGUCCUAUCCGAAGCUCGUCCACGGCUCGAGGCGGCGGAACGCGACCGGGUCCAGCUCUCAAGUCUGCGCGCGCCCGGUACGACUCCGAAGUGCGCGGGCGGCGGCGCGGUACUCUACGACCCUUUGACGGGCUGUGAAUCGUUGACCGCCGCCGACGAAUUGAGGCAAUUAAUGGACGAGCGCACGCCAGCGAACCACCCGCUCCUCCACGCGCCGAUGUUGGUGGUCAGGGCGCAGGCGCGGCGCCAGCGCCGCAAACGAUCUGAAGGUGCGCCUCCGUCAGAAGCCUACCUCUGCACGGGCAUGGAUGUAUACAUGACGGACGAGCCGUGCGUCAUGUGCGCGAUGGCGCUGCUCCACUCCAGGGUUCGGCGCGCCGUUUACCGGCGAAGGGACUCUGAGAUGGGGGGCCUUGGUUCCGUCGAGAGCGUGCACGCUCUAUCGUCGACGAACCACCGGUUCCGCGCGUGGCGCGUCGUCGAGGAUGGGGUCUCCUAAGGCUGUGUGUUGUACAUUCGAUUCAACGGUUGUUAAGCACACACGGAUACAUGCGAUCGAUCAUGAUUCGAUGGAGAUAAGAAUUGUUGCGACGGGGGGACGACGGAGGUUCGACGGGGGUUCGACGGACAACAACACACACGCGAGUUCACAUUUCACUCAACGACAGCAGGCGCGCGUGGCGCUCCGGCCCGAGGUUCUGCCACGGGUCGGCGAGCAUGUCCGCGAUGCUCUGCUUCUGCGAGUGCGUCAGCUUGCUCCGCGCCACCGGAUCCUCCAGCGUCGCAUCGAGGCGGGGCCUGUGUGGAAA